AGGGAUAACGGGAUAGCCAAUGAAACUGCACGGUUGGUGGAAAAUUCAGGGAUAGACCAAUCAGAGUCUGUAGCCUUGUAGUGAAGCAUUUUUCUCAUCCAAUCACUACACCCUACGUACUAUAAAUACCGGCGAGGUUUUUGCUUAGUUUACUUGUGCCUGUGUGUGGUGUGUUCUUGUAGAUUUGCUUCGUCAUGGCUCGCACGAAGCAGACGGCGCGCAAGUCGACGGGCGGCAAGGCCCCGCGCAAGCAGCUGGCCACCAAGGCGGCCCGCAAGAGCGCGCCGGCCACCGGCGGCGUCAAGAAGCCGCACCGUUACCGGCCCGGCACGGUGGCCCUGCGCGAGAUCCGCCGCUACCAGAAGUCCACGGAGCUGCUGAUCCGCAAGCUGCCGUUCCAGCGGCUGGUGCGCGAGAUCGCGCAGGACUUCAAGACCGACCUGCGCUUCCAGAGCUCGGCCGUCAUGGCGCUGCAGGAGGCGUGCGAGGCCUACCUGGUGGGGCUCUUCGAGG